AUGGCGCAGAUGGAAACAACUCGUGAUGGGACAAUUGAGGAUGGCAAGAUCAAGCUCUCUACAGCCUUGUGGGACACAGAGCUGGAGAUGCCACCCCGCCAGGAUGCUUCCGAGGCUGAUCAAAGAGACGUCAACACCCCGGACAAAUGGAUCCACAGGCAUCCAGCCAUGUUGCGCAACACUGGUGCUCAUCCCUUUAACUCUGAGCCGCCGCUGAAGCAUUUGCAGGAGGCAGGAUGGAUCACGCCUCCCUCUUUGUAUGUGGUGCGGAAUCAUGGAGCUGUUCCCCAGCUCUCCUGGUCCGAGCACCGCCUCAAGAUCACAGGAGUUCCCAAGCCUGUUGAUCUCAACAUGGACCAGCUGUCAUCUGGAGAAUGGGGUACCAUCGUCUCCAUCCCGGUGACCUUCAUUUGUGCUGGCAACCGUCGCAAAGAGCAGAACCUUACAAAAAAGACAGUGGGCUUCGACUGGGGUGCGGGUGCGGUGGGCAAUUCUGUUUGGACAGGUGUUCGACUUUGUGACCUGCUUGCUGCAGUAGGCAUUACUUGCGCCUCGAAGGAACAUCGCUAUGUCCACUUUGAAGGUCCCUUGGGGGAGCUUCCUCAAGGGAAGACUGGCUCUUAUGGCACCUCCAUUGACAUCGGCUGGGCACUGGACAGGGAGAGAGAUGUAUUGCUGGCAUUCAAGCAGAACGGGGAGCUGCUGACGCCUGACCAUGGCUUUCCUUUGCGGACCCUUCUGCCUGGGUGCAUUGGUGGGCGCAUGAUCAAAUGGCUGACCAGCAUGUGGGUUUCGGAUCAGCCCUCAGAGAAUCACUACCACUACUUCGACAAUCGUGUUUUGCCGCCGCACGUGGAUGCUGACCUUGCCUAUGCAGAAGGCUGGUGGUACAAGCCCGAGUACAUCAUCAAUCACAUAAACAUCAACUCGGCCAUGUUCGAGCCGCGCCACAAUUCUUUUGUGAAGCUCGAUGCACCGCCAAAGACUGUGAAGGUCAGCGGCUAUGCCUAUACCGGCGGAGGGCAGAAGAUCAUCCGCGCAGAGAUGUCCUUGGACUCAGGCAAGUCGUGGGAGAUCACGGAGCUGACACGGCCAGAGGAUGAGAUUGCCGCCGCCCGUGGUACAGACAAGUACUGGUGCUGGGCAUGGUGGGAGACAGAGGUGGACAUUGACAGCUUGGCUUCAAGCGAGGAGAUUUGUUGCCGUGCCUUUGACUCCAACCAAAACACCCAGCCGGUGCAGCUCACAUGGACGGUGAUGGGCAUGCUGAACAACCCUAUCUACCGAAUCAAGAUUCACCGCGAGCGAGGCAUGCUUUGGUUUGAACACCCGACACAGGGCUCGAUGCCCGGUGGCUGGAUGACAGAAGAUGCCGGCAAGUUCAACGAUUCCUUCGCUGUGCCGGCCACACCCGGGAAGACGGGCGUGCCACCCCUGCGACCUGUAGCAGCAGUUUGGAGAGGAGCGUCGGCUGGCACGCAAGCUGCCAAGCUCACCCAGGCUGGCAAGCUUGUGACGUCCACGGAGAAAUGGCUGACCGAGGGAAUCACCAUGGAGGAGGUGAAGAAACACGACAGCGACAAGUCUUGCUGGUUCGUCGUCAAGGGCCAGGUGUAUGAUGGCACCCCUUACCUGGAGGAGCAUCCUGGGGGUGCCUCCUCCAUGCUGCUGGCCGCUGGCAUUGAUGCCUCGGAGGAUUUCGAGGCAGUGCACUCCUCGCGAGCCUGGGACAUGCUCAAAGACUAUUCCAUUGGACCUCUGAGGUCCACCGGCAAUGGCUCUCGUGGCUCUUUCUUGGCUUUCUUGCCAGGCCUUUUCCCUUGGAUGUCCCGCAGCGUGCUGGGCCUCUUCUCCGGAUUUCUCUCUGGGUUUCUGCGACUCCUUGCGGCACCUGUGCGGGCUCUGGCAGGGCCAGCUCCGUUUCUGGAUCCUCGCAAGACUCAACAGCUGUGCCUCUCAGAGAAGAUUGUGGUCAACCAUGACACUCGCAUCUUCCGCUUUGCGCUGCCUUCUGCAUCCAUGCGGCUGGGCCUGCCCACAGGCUUGCAUAUGACGCUCAAGGCGAAGGUUGACGGCAAGCCAGCGAUGCGGGCCUACACGCCCAUGACAGAUGACAGCACGCUGGGCCACGUGGACCUCCUGGUGAAGGUGUACUUCAAGGGCGUGCAUCCCAACUUCCCGGAAGGCGGCAAGAUGUCCCAACACUUGGACUCCAUGAAGAUUGGAGACAGCAUCGAGGUGAAGGGCCCCAUCGGCGAAUUUGUGUACAAAGGCAAAGGCCACUACACUUUGCGCGGAAAGCCGCGCUUCUGCACGGAGAUUUCCAUGAUGGCGGGCGGCACUGGGCUCACGCCGUGUUAUCAGGUGCUCUCGGCGAUCCUGCGAGACCCAAAGGACACAACCAAGGUGCGACUCUUGUACGCCAACCGCACACCUGAUGACAUCCUGGCACGCGAGACUCUGGAAGAACUCGCAGCGAAGCAUCCGGACCGCUUCGGGCUGACUUUUACCGUGGACAAGGUGAGCGACCCCGCUGACGUGAAUGUCAGCCCUUCUGCAGAGAAGGGGAGGCAGUGGAAGGGCUUCGUAGGCUUCGUUCAUGAAGAGAUGACGAGGGCCUCGCUCUUCGCUGCUGCCGAGAAUGGCAUUUGUGUCAUGUGCGGGCCGCCGGUGAUGCUUGACAAGGCGUGCCGCCCUGCGCUGAAGGCUAUGGGCUUCAGCGACGAGAGCAUCUUUUGCUUCUAG